AUGAGCAGUAGAGAACUUGAGCUGGUGCAUCAUAUUUGGGCUUCCGGCCAGGUCGCUUUCCAGCCCUUCAGAAAUUACUGGUUCUCACUGGGAAUGGUUGAUCCCGCUGCGAUGCAUCUCGUAAUUGCAAACGCAGCAAUGCACCGGAAAACUUUGCGUACCAUUCCAAGCCCAGAAGACGAUAUUGUUGAAUUGACUCAUGUACAAGCUGCCAUGACAUCUGUCAAUCAGCGAAUUAGAAAUGUCAAUCAGAAAGUUACGGAUGAAAUGUUAGGAGCUAUUCUCGGGGUCCGUAGAGCCAUGCUCAGGCAGAUUUACUUUAUUGCUCUCCGGUUCGACCAUUUUACUCGGCACUUUGCCGGAUUUCAGAUCAUGUUAGACCUUCGUGGAGGUCUGCUGUCAAUAGAGUCUGCCACUUACAUCAGACUAUCAUUGUUCUGGAUUGAGCUCAAUGCCUGCGCUGCUCAAGACACUAUUCCUCGCUUUUCACCUCCGUUCCACGUCAUCAAAAACCCGUAUUCGGCUGUUCACAUUUCCCGUGGUUUGCAGCAUCGAGACAAGGCCUUGCAGGUUAGCGGAGUUCCCUCCCUUCUGUCAUCAGUCGAAAUACUGGAUGCAUUCACUGGGCUCAGUUUCUUGAUCGCGGCGUUGACGGUGGAGCCUCCGCUAAGGAUUCAGUGGGAUGAUGAUAACUUCCCCGGAUUUGGUUUUUAUCCCACUCUCCAUAGACUGCUGACUAUCCAAGCAGCCGCUAAAGGGAAACCCCCCGCGGAUGCUGUGCAAGAAAUGUGCAGACUGGGUGCCAUUUUCUUUCUUGCUGAAGUUAGAAGGAAAUUUGGUAUAGCACCCGUUGUGACCAAUGUGCAAGCUACAAAACUACACAACCUUCUCGAUGGCAAUGAAAUGCUCUGGGUUGAGGAGCUAGACAGUGUCCGCACGUGGACUAUUAUAAUGGCUGGCUGUGCCGCCGACAAUGAAGCAGACCGUGCUUGGGCCGUGAAAGCGUUAUUACGGUCCAGAGUGUCACUGGUAUAUCGAAACUGGGAUGAAGUCAUGGACGUAAUUUCUGAGAUGUGGUGGAUCGAUGAAGUCUUCCAGUUGAAGUCUCAAGAUUUGCUGUCUGAGUACUUGAAGCUGUUCAUCGCACCAUAG